CGCUUCCCUCUGCCGUUGACUCGGAACUUACCCGUUUUAUUCCUCUAUUUUCCCUAUCCGUAGAUUGUCAAUCAUGAAAUCAGUUUGACAGACAUGUCUUAUUUGUCGUUUUGGUGUUUCUAGUUUCUUUGUGAACCUCAAAAUUACAGUUCUGGAUCUGCAAUGGAGCCUUUGAGUGUCGAAGCAGAUUCAUAUUUGGUUGGGAUAUAAACAAAUUGGAAAUUCCGGAGACAUAUAACAUGGAGGAUCAAAGUUUGAUCAAGAAAGAUGUGACUGAAUUGAUAGGGAAUACUCCAAUGGUGUAUCUGAACAAUGUUGUGGAAGGUUGUGUUGCUCGUAUCGCAGCAAAGCUUGAGAUGAUGGAGCCUUGCUCUAGUGUCAAAGACCGAAUCGGGUACAGCAUGAUCACAGAUGCAGAAGAGAAGGGAUUAAUUACACCAGGGAAGAGCACACUGAUUGAAGUUACGGCUGGUAACACUGGGAUUGGCUUAGCCUUCAUUGGAGCAGCAAGAGGUUACAAAGUUGUUCUUAUCAUGCCUGCAGCAGUGAGCCUCGAGAGAAAAAUCAUUCUCAGAGCAUUAGGUUCCGAAGUUAUCCUCAUAGACCCGAGCAAAGGCAUUGAAGCUUGUUUCAAAAAGGCUGACGAGAUAUUAAGCAAAACUCCUAAUGGUUACAUAAUGAAGCAAUUUGAAAACCCUUCAAACCCAGAUAUUCAUUAUCGCACCACGGGCCCAGAGAUAUGGAGAGACUCUGCAGGGAAGGUAGAUAUAUUGGUCGCGGGUUCUGGUACUGGUGGAACGGUUACUGGCGCAGGGAAAUUCCUCAAGGAGAAGAACAAAGAUAUAAAGGUUUAUACGGUUGAACCUGCAGAAAGUCCAGUACUCAGCGGAGGGGAACCGGGAAGGCAUCUGAUUCAGGGCAUAGGACCCGGUAUCUUCCCAGAUGUCUUGGAUGUCAACCUUCUCGAUGAAAUCAUCCAAAUAUCAAGCGAGGAGGCCAUGGAAACAGCACGUCUUCUUGCUCUGAAAGAAGGAUUGCUGGUCGGAAUAUCCUCUGGGGCGGCCGCAGCUGCAGCCUUGAGAGUCGCAAAGCGACCAGAAAAUGCCGGGAAACUCAUCGUGGUGGUCUUUCCCAGUGGCGGGGAACGAUAUUUGUCGACUCAAUUGUUCGACUCCAUUAGACAUGAAGCAGAAAACUUGCCCGUCGAAUGAACGAGAGAGACUUUGAUUCUACUUGAAUCGGUUCAAUGUGAUUUGGUUCUGUACGGUUCAAAUCAUAACCGAUAAUCCGGUAUGGUAUGGUACGGUACGAAAAAUUUCAUAUAUGCAUAUGAUAUUAUCCCGUUCUCGAACAUUUAUUUAAGAUGUAUCAUUUUAUAUC